UGAUGUGGAGAAGUACAAAAAGAAAUACCUACAUAUUCUCUAAAGAAUUAUUCACUCGGAUCACUUUUGUUUUCCCACGUAGCUCUCAAUACAGUAUAUUAAUCAUAGUUAGCAAUGUUGAAGCUAUUGAAAAAUUAGAGGAAUUUGUCUCAACAUGCCCUGAAAAAGUUCAAGAUUAAAUUUUGACUUGACACAUAAAGUGUGCUUCUUCAACAGAUACAGAAACUUCUCAAUUUCAACUUAUUUCCGUUGCCUUUGCUUUGUAAAUCGUGUAUGAAAUUACAACAACCAGCAUCAAACAAGUCCUGGUUGAUAACGUCAAACAAUUUUUGAGCGCCUGUCAAAUAUAUCCAAUUCGCACAAAUGGCUAAAAAUCUAGAAAUCAAAUCGGACCAACUAAGUCACGAACACAUUGUUAUUGUCCGUCCACCUCCGCCGAGAUACACUUUGAACGAGUGGCACUUGAAUCAUCAACACAGAGAAAGAUGCUGCUUGGAUCAGCAAAAAUUGGCCGAAUUAGUCACCCAAGAGGCCGACCGAGUCAGGGAAGAAGUCGAGGAACGAAUCAAGUCCAACAAAGAUGAAACUGAUAAGCAAAUUGAAAACCGUCGAAUAGAUAUUGAAUUUAAUGCUGUCGAAAUUCAAAAACAACGAAAAGAUGUGUGCAUUGAAAUCGACGAUUUGAAAACUUACAUGGAGAGAAUUAAAGAUUGUUUAGCUAGUUUGCAGAGAAACGCUAAAGUAAUUUGCGGAAAAUGUAUCAUACUCAGAGAAGGACGUAUUGGCAUUGACUUGUGCGAAGACGACGUUGAACACGAACUAAAAGCAGAAUUGAAUAUAAUUGAAGGUUCUCAAAAAAUGCUCCAAUCAACCCUUGAAGAAGCAAAUGAACAAGUUCGCAGACUCAAAUCAGUAACCUACUUCAUGGACAGAGAUUUGGAAGAUAAAGGCAACGUCGCCAAAAUCGAUAAUCACAACAGCAUUCUUAAAGAAACCAGUCUUAAUCUAAGCAUGUAUCACGGCUUCACUCCUUUAAACCAAGGCUUUAUAACAAACGAGGAAUGGGAAGAAUUCACCAAAAACAACAUCGAAAAAGCCUCAAAAGAAAUAAACUCCGCUCGCCAAUUCCGCACUUAUACAGACAUAAUUAUCAGGCAAGCUUUCCAAGAUCUUUGGAAUCAGUAUCAUGCAGUAAAUAACGCUUUCAAGCAACGAAUUCGUGAAAUCCGAAAGGCCAAAAACAAAAUGGAAGUUCAACAUUCCGAAGUUGUAAGACAAGCCAAUGAAAUGACACGAACCAUUACGGAAUUAGAGAAAUGCAUGUCGGAAAAAGAAGGUUUCAUGGCCUUGGCUCAUACUAGACUCGGUAACAGAGCUCAAAGACCUGGGAUGGAACUGUGCAAGGAUUUGGUUGAAAUUGCUUUGACGCAUGAAACAGUGGAGCUUAGAAGGAAUUUGAGUAAAACGCAAGAGGUUUUUGCGGAGGCUCAAGCUUCGCUACGGUAUCUUCUAAAAACCCAGAUACAACUCGAAGAGGAUUUGAAUGUGAAAACUAAUUCUUUGAAAAUUGAUGAAGUUGAUUGUAUGACUUUGAGAGAAAGCUUGGAUUAUCAUGCUUAUUGAUAUCUGUUUAUAGAAAUAUAUACAAAAAGUUUUUGAGAAGUAGAAAUGUUUUUGAUUAUCUCGCAAUUUUUGUACUAAUGUUCGC